GUUUCCCCGCCCCCCUUGGAUUUGGGUUUAAAGAACGGGACAUGGAAGCUUAAGCGGAUGACAAGCUCAGUGGAGGAGUCCCACGAGGGUGUCUCCAAAAGGCGUUACUCUCUCGCACUCUCGCCAUAUUCCCCAUUCCUCAUGAAGAUUCACUCUCUCUCUCUCCCUUUUGAUUCAGAUUUUACCCAAACUCGCCGAGGGGGAGAGAUGGAUGAUGAAGCUGCGGAAGGUGGGGUGAGAGACAGAGAGACGCCGACCACGAAAAGAGGGGCAGUUGAAGGAGAGAGAAGAUACAAAGGGAUUAGGAUGAGGAAGUGGGGCAAGUGGGUCGCCGAGAUUCGAGAGCCCAAUAAACGCUCCAGGAUUUGGCUCGGCUCCUACUCCACGCCCGUCGCAGCGGCGCGGGCUUACGACACCGCCGUUUUCUAUCUCAGGGGACCAUCGGCCCGCCUCAAUUUCCCCGACCUUUUAGAAGGCGGCGGCGUUGGCGGCUGCGACUGCGACAUGUCGGCUGCUUCGAUUAGGAAGAAAGCGACGGAGGUUGGUGCCAGGGUCGACGCGCUCCAGGCCGCUCGCCACCAUCACCUCCAUGCGUCGGUGGCUCCAGAGCUCAUCUCACGCAGCGCAGGAGCCAGAACCGGCUCCGGGGAGUUUUUGGAGCGGGUUGAUCUCAACAAGAUACCGGAACCCGAGAAUUCGGACUGCGACUGCGAAUGAGACAGGAAGCAGAAGCAAAUAUCUAAUGUGCAAACGUUCAGCAUGAAGACAGACGGCCUGAUGGAUGAUGGCUGUUCUGAUGAAGCCUUCCUUAUUCACUGGAGCGUACUCGUCUCAUCCCCUCCUGAUCCUGGCCAGUCUUUUUCUUCCAUUCCGAAGGAAUUUUGGCGUGGUUUAAAGAGUUAAAUGUAAAUUAAUCAAUUAAUUAGUAAUUAACUGGUCUCUUCAAUUUCCAUGAUGAUUUUUGUUGUUGAAGAUGUUCGUAGCGUCUUGUUGUGGAGUAAAUAUUUGUUGCGUUGAA